AUGUCUAAGCUCUUCAUUGGCGGCCUUGCAUGGCACACUGAGGAAGGCACCCUCAGACAGAAGUUUGAGGAGUUCGGUGCCGUCGAGGAAGCUGUCGUUGUGAAGGACCGCGACACUGGCCGCAGCCGUGGAUUCGGCUUCGUCCGCUACACUCAGGAUGGUGACGCUCAGAAGGCCAUUGCUGCCAUGAACAACGUCGAGUUUGAUGGACGCACUAUUCGCGUUGACAAGGCUUCCGACAACGGUCCCCGCGGUGGCGGUGGUGGUGGCUACCGCGGCGGCUUCGGCGGCGGUGGUGGACGUGGCGGCUACGGCGCCCCCCCUGUGCCUUAUGGAGGCGCUCCCGGCGGAUACGGUGUUCCCAACAUGGGCUACCAGCAGCAGCAGCAGCCUGCCUACGGCCGCGGCUACCCCCCUCAGCAGCCCUACGGCGGUGCCCCUCCCCAGGAUGGCUACGCACCCCAGGCUCCCUACGGAUACGCCGACCCGUCUCAGCAGCCCCAGGGCGGCCGAGGCUAUUAG